UCAGACAACUUCUGACAAACUCAUGCAGAGGGAUGAAUGGAUCUCCUGAAUAACACAUCGAGUGUUUCUGAGUUCAUCUUGCUGGGACUUUCCAGUGCUCAAGAUAUUCAAAUGUUCUUUUUUGCAAUCUUCACUCUUGUCUAUGUAGCCAUCAUAGUGGGAAACCUCCUCAUUGUGAUCUCUGUUAUAUCUGAUAACCAUCUUCACUCCCCCAUGUAUUUCUUUCUGGCAAAUUUAUCAUUCUUUGAUCUAUGUCUUUCUUCCACUGCAACUCCCAAAGUGAUUUUGGACUUCCUUAGAGAACGUAAGACCAUCUCCUGGUGGGGCUGUAUGACCCAGAUAUUCUUUAUGCAUUUCUUUGGGGGUGGAGAGAUGUCUCUUCUGAUAGCUAUGGCCAUUGACAGGUAUGUCGCCAUAUGCAAACCCUUACACUACAAGACUAUCAUGAGUCAUAAGGUGCUCAUUGUGUUUCUACUGCUCUCUUGGACAGUUGGGUUCAUACAUACCACUAGCCAUAUGGUUUUCACAGUGGGUUUACCUUUCUGUGGUCCCAAUACUGUGGACAGCAUUUUCUGUGACCUUCCCCUGGUCAUCAGGCUUGCCUGCACUGAUACCUACAUCCUAGAGCUCCUGGUGAUUGUGAACAGUGGGCUCCUGUCCCUGGUAUGCUUUGUUCUCUUGCUCAUUUCCUACACUGUCAUGCUCGUCACCAUCUGGCAGCACUCCUCCAGUGCAUCUUCCAAGGCUCUGUCCACACUCUCUGCCCACAUCACUGUGGUCACGCUCUUCUUUGGUCCCGCUAUCUUCGUCUAUGCCUUCCCGUUUAAUAGUUAUUCUGUAGAUAAGUUUCUUUCAGUGUUUUACUCUAUGAUCACCCCUCUCCUUAAUCCCAUUAUUUAUACUCUGAGAAAUCAGGAAAUGAAAGCAGCCAUCAAGAGACUGAGCAGGCAGCAUAUUGAUUCCUGUCUCAUCCACUAA